AUGGAGGCCUACUACGCACAGCUCACUCCCCAGGAGCUGCAGCGACAGAUGUCGCAGCAUUCACAGCAGCAUCUGAUGCAGCAGCAGGGCCAACCCGGAAGCCAUGGAUUUCAGCACAUGAGCCAGGGCCACGGACAUGGCCACGACAUGAACAUGAUGGGCGGAGGCGAUUCCCUGGACGAUAUCAUCAAUUCCAACCACCACGAACUUCAACGCCGUCGCAGUAUACAUCAUUCACACCAACCCUUCAUAUCCCAGAAUCAGUCCGGCCAAAACGGAGGCUCUGAUCGACGCAUGUCAAUGAUGGAGUUCGGCGCCAGUGACAAUCAACUCGUCAACUAUCCUUUCCAGAACCCGGCCAUGAACGGCGAGUUCGUCAACAUAGCCGGGCAGAUGAGCAGCGGCGUGGACACAGCUUUGGACAGCGGCAUGUCGGGCAACGCAGUAGGCAUGGGCAACAACGUACCCGGCAACAUCUCAAUACCCGGCGCGAUGGACGGAUACCCAGGUACCGAAUCACUGCAGAUGUCUCCAACAAAUGCCUUCACCACUUUCUCGCCUGACAUGAUGAAUUCGAUGAUGCCGCCCAACUCCUUUGGUAUGCAGGUUCCCUCAAUGCCGACGACUACCAGCAUGGGCAUGUACGGCCAGACUUCGAUGGCGAACAACUUUCCAAGCCCCCUCAACACUAACUCGAAUGACAUGUCAAUGGAUAUGGCGGGGGGUGAUACUCCGGUAAAGGCGCCUCAGAGCGCUCUCGACACGCCGCUAGAGAUGGCUUCUACCGACGACGACCUUAUGAACAUGAACCAGCAAUAUCAAACGCAGCCGGACAACGACAACAACGGCAACACCAAUGUUCGGCCAAAUUCUCAGACCGUGAACUUCGGAUCAACCGCAACUGGGCCGACGCAGACGCCGUCUUCUAUAUCUAGGGAAAUGUCGAAUUCGACCAACAAUUCUUCACAGUCACCUAAUCACAGGUCUUCAUCCAUGGCAACAAGCCAAAUGGCUGCUGCGCCUCCCACCGCGUCUACUACGCCAGCCGCGGGACCCGAAACACCCCGCGCGGAAAGCAAGGAAAAGAACGUUUAUUCCAAGAGUGGCUUCGAUAUGCUGCGAGCAUUAUGGUAUGUUGCGACGAGAAAGAAUCCCGAAAUUCACCUUGGCGCCGUCGACAUGUCUUGCGCCUUUGUUGUAUGCGAUGUCUCACUCAACGACUGCCCUAUCAUUUACGUAUCCGACAACUUCCAGAACUUGACGGGUUAUAGCCGUCAUGAAAUUGUCGGUCAGAAUUGCCGCUUCCUCCAGUCUCCCAACGGCAAGGUCGAGGCUGGUUCUAAGAGAGAAUUUGUUGACGAUGCUUCCGUCUACAACCUGAAGAAGAAAAUCGCAGAGGGUCGAGAGGUCCAGCAGAGCUUGAUCAACUACCGCAAGGGUGGCAAGCCUUUCCUCAACCUCCUUACCAUGAUUCCGAUCCCGUGGGAUGAUCCAAACGAGGUACGAUUUUUCGUCGGCUUCCAGAUCGAUCUGGUCGAGUGCCCCGAUGCUAUUGCCCAAGGCCAAGAAAAUGGCGGUGUGAAGGUCAAUUACAAGCACAGCGACAUUGGCCAAUACAUUUGGACGCCACCCACAGCGAACCACGUCGAGCCAGAGAACGGACAAACACUGGGAAUCGACGACGUGUCGACUCUUCUCCAACAGUUCAACCCCAAGGGUGUAGUGUCCGACUGGCAUAAGCAAUCCUGGGACAAGAUGUUACUGGAGAAUACGGAUGACGUGGUUCAUGUUCUUUCCUUGAAGGGGCUUUUCAUGUAUUUGUCGCCCUCUUGCAAGAAGGUCCUGGAGUAUGACGGGGCAGAGUUGGUCGGCAAUGCGUUGUCGACUAUAUGUCAUCCUUCUGACAUAGUUCCUGUAACCCGCGAGCUGAAGGACGCAACCGCUGGCAAUACCGUCAAUAUCGUCUUCCGAAUCAGAAGAAAACAGAGCGGCUACACAUGGUUUGAGAGCCACGGCUCGCUCUUCUUCGAACACGGCAAAGGCAGGAAGUGUAUUAUCCUGGUUGGAAGGAAACGACCGGUGUUCGCUCUCAGCCGGCGAGAUUUAGAGGCUCAUGGCGGCAUUGGCGAUAGUGAGCUGUGGACAAAGAUUUCGGUAUCCGGCAUGUUCUUGUUUGUGUCCUCCAACAUUCGAUCUCUACUCGACAAGCACCCAAGCGAUUUGGUGGGCACCAGCAUGCAAGAGCUCAUGCGUCGCGAGAGCCGUGCCGAGUUCGGUCGUGCUAUCGAAAAGGCCAGAAGGGGUAAGAUCGUUACCUGCAAACACGAGGUUCACAACAACAGGGGCCAGGUUCUCCAGGCACAUACAACCCUGUACCCCGGAGAUGCAUCCUUGGGGCAGAAGCCGACAUUUUUGUUGGCUCAAACCAAGCUUUUGAAAGCAUCGUCAAGGGCUAUCGCACCAGCAGCAACACCGCCAGGAAGCGUCAAGUCAUCGUCCCAAGCACAAACUAUGCAGACAACAGACUUGCAAAAGACUGGUCCAACAUCUACGUCUGGUGGCAACACCGUUCCAGGCAACCAAGAUGCUGCUCUAGCCGCAGACGAUAAUAUCUUUGAUGAGCUGAGGACCACAAAGUGCUCCAGCUGGCAGUUCGAGCUACGUCAAAUGGAAAAGGUCAACAGAAUCCUUGCAGAAGAGCUUGGCGGCCUGCUCUCCAACAAGAAGAAGAGGAAGCGGAGGAAGGGUGUAGGCAACGUCGUUCGCGACUGUGCCAACUGUCACACCCGCAAUACCCCUGAGUGGCGACGCGGCCCGAGCGGCCAACGAGAUUUGUGCAACAGCUGUGGUCUACGCUGGGCGAAGCAGGUGAGAAGUGCCGAGCCAUCAGUGGCAGACUCACGACCGGAGGGCCACGAUAUUAAUGAGGAAUAG